AUGAAGGCCUAUGUCACCAUCCUCGCUGACUUUCUGGAGCCAAAUAAGAGCAGGUUGCUGAGGCCGGAGUGGCAGGCGGUGUUGUUUGGGGGGUGUUUGACACCCGAGAGCAAAAAGGUCUUGAAUGAGAGUCUAAAGGGGGAGGGAAGGGAUUGGAUGGUGGGGUGGGUCAACCCUGUGGAGGGGGGAGCAGAGUACGAUUGGAGUCCUGCUGGGUUGGUUACCGCUGAGCCUGGGACGACGGGUAAUGGAGGGAGGAAAAGGGGGUUUGUUCAGUGGGGUGGGGCUUUUAAUCUUGCUUGGCUCAUCGACCGGGAGGCGGGCGUGUGCGGUGUUUUCGCCACGCAGAUUGUCCAGCCGGGGGAUUUGCAAGUUAGGUCGUUGAUCAAGGAGUUUGAAGAGGUGAUUUACUCCAAGUUGUAAUGGAGAACACUUCAGGGAUAAGAGGACUGGGACAUAGUACUGUAAUGGCUUCCCUGGCCUAUAACUCUGGACAAACCAUAGCAAGACACCAACAAAGUGCAGGCGCAACCAAACCAUGAAACAAAAUUGAACAUGAACAUUACCCCAACUCGGAGGAAAGAACAAAACAAAAGAUGGCAAUGUCACAGAAACCUCAAAAAUUACAAAGCCGUACCAUAAACAUUCCUUAUAGACUACAUCUAACAAAAAACACCAUUUC